AUGAUUAAGGAUGUAUCUGGCGUCUCUCUCUGUGGCUUUACUGAUCAAACGUCUACAGAGCUUCUGGUUUCUAUCUAUAAUGAAGACCAGAAGACAUCAGUGAAUCUGCUGGACUGUGGGAUAGAAGUGAAACAAGAAGACACAGAAGCAGAUGAAGGUUAUUUGAUUUAUUCAGAUCUGAAAGUGCUAAAGGAGGAAAUUUCACAACCCGAUGAAAUGGAGGAGAAACCUCAUCAUUUGAUACCCAAGGAAGAAUCUCUGAGCUGCUUGAUAACUGCCAACAAGGCAACAGCCAAUGAUGCUCUUAUUUGCCCUCAGUGCGGAAAGACCUUCACUAAGAAAUGUUAUCUUAAUCACCACAUGCAAAUUCACACUGGAGAGAAACUUUACAGAUGUGAUCAGUGUGGAAAGAACUUCAUUCGUAAGUCUGAUCUUAAUGGGCACAUGAGAAUCCACACUGUAGAAAAGAUUUACACAUGUGAUCAGUGUGGAAGGAGUUUUAAGAAUAAAUGGCACCUUACUGAGCACACAAGAACCCACACUGGAGAAAAACCUUACAGAUGUGAUCAGUGUGGAAGAUCCUUCACUCGCAAGCCUGACCUGAAUAAGCACAUGAAAAUUCACACUGGAGAAAAGCCUUACAGCUGUGAUCAGUGUGGAAAGUGCUUCAGGGGUACGUGGAACCUUAAUCAGCACAUCCAAAUUCACACCAGAGAAAAGAGUGAUCAGUGUGGAAAGGACUUCAUUCAUAAGUCUGACCUUAAUGGGGACAUGAGAGUCCACACUGUAGAAAAGCCUUACACAUGUGAUCAGUGUGGAAAGAGUUUUAGGAAUAAAGGGCACCUUUAUGAGCACACAAGAACCCACGAUGGGCAAAAACCUUACAGCUGUGAUCAGUGUGGAAAGAGCUUCACUCGCAAGCCUGACCUGAAAAAGCAUAUGAGAAUUCACACUGGAGAAAAACCUUACAGAUGUGAACAGUGUGGAAAGUGCUUCAGCGAUAAAUGGAACCUUAAACACCACAUGCAAAUUCACACCGGAGAAAAACCUUACAGCUGUGAUCAGUGUGAAAAAACCUUCAAUCGCAAGUUCCUUCUCAACAGGCACAUGAGAAUCCACACUGGAGAAAAGCCUUACAAAUGCGAUCAUUGUGGACAGAGCUUUAUUCGUAACUGUGAACUCAACUGGCACAUGAAACUUCACAAAAUCUUUUAAAAGCCCCAACUUUGCUGAUUUUCACAUUUGAAGAGUUCAGAUGCAAAGCCACUAAAUGUCACCUCCCUCAAAUGUGAAAUAGUGAAAAUAACUAAGGAUGCUCCUAUCAAUAUCGACCGAUAAUGACAUUAAGUGACACACACAAACACACACACACACAAACAGAGCAGCCUGUCAUCAGUGCACGUGAACGGAGCGAUCUCUCUCACGUCUUAUGCUGUGUUUACACCAGCCACGGUAAAGGCGUCAAGCUCGAGUGAUUUCAAUGUUAAGUCAAUGUGAAGACGCGUUGACGCACGUCUGGAGGUCUCGCUGUGCGAUUGAGGCGUUUAGCAUGGCGCGGUAGACACCAUUCUGCCUCCUUCUUGCGUAUGGUGCGAAUUGAGCGAAUGGUGCGAAUUGAGCAAAUAGUGCAAAUUGAGCAAAAAGUGUGAAUUGAGCAAUGCCGCGGCAAAUGCACAAGUUGAAAAAUGUGAACUUUGGCGGGAAAUACGCGCCGCGUUAAACAAUCAGGAGCUUUCUUUAGUAGAGACGUGUUUACAGAAAGCGAGCGGAGUCGCAGUAGCCCCUCCUAUGACGCAAAUUUCCGCGUGAAUGUCUCUAUACUAGAAUUUCACGCGCGAAUGAAGCGAGUACACUCAAACUGUUCAAGCGGCAAACUAGGCGGGGUAGACGCGAUUUUGACGCCACAAACACGGCUGGUGUUAACCCACGGUUAUGCUGCGUUUACACCAGCCGCGGUAGUGGCGUCAAGCGCAAGUGAUUUCAAUGUUAAGUCAAUGUGAAGACGCGUUGACGCGCGUCUGGAGAUCUCGCGGCACGAAUGAGGCGUUUAGUGUGGCGCGGUAGACGCGAUUCCGCCUCAUUCGCGUGUCUAGUUCUUGCUUGCUUUUUCCACGCGUCUACUUCACUCUAGACGUGCGAAUGCAUUCAAACUGUUCACGCGGCAAACCAGGCGCAGUAGACGUGAUUUUGACGCCUCAAACGCGGCUGGUGCAAACACAGCAUUAAAGCUACAGUAACCCAAUUUAUCUCUCAAUAAAAUCACUCUGCUCUUGACGAAGGAACUGUUAUACUUCAUACGAAUGCGUGUAUAUUUAAUUCAUACAGGAAAGAUUGUGAAGUGUUUUUAAUUUUUAUUACUUUUAACAGUCAUAAGUCUUUUUAAAGAGAUAUUAAAUAUCUCUUGCAGAAGAAAAAUUUGUUGUGCUUAUUUAUUUGAUUCUCUAUUAACACAAAAAUAUACCCAUUUACUGCAAAUAAUAUAACAAAGGCAACAUCUGUGGUAUUACUUUAUCUAGAAAAAAAUGUUAACAGUUACAGUCAUUAAAAAAAUUGCAUAUCAGCUUGAAAAAAAUCGGUAUCGGCCGAUCAUGAAGAUAACAAAACGGUAUUGGCUGUAAAAAUCCUGAUCGGAGCAUCCCUAAAAAUAACCGAAUGUUCUUGAUUGGUAUUAUACGUUCAUCAAAUACUUCUGCUUCAAAUUGGUUUAAGCCCAGCCUCAGACCAUUCAGAAAUACCGAUUUGUUGGCAGAAUCUAUUAAAGAAAACAUAUUGUCCAA